AUGUGCAGAUCUGCGGAUUAUUACGACUUUCGCUCCGGCGAUCAAAGUCUUCUGAAGAUCAAAGCUUUCUUCGUUCGAUUUUCGGGUUUCGAUUCAUGUGCCGACCCGUUAUCCGAUUCGCUCACUCUACUCUUCCCACCAAGAAUCAAUGACACGGCGCGGCUAGAAAUUUCCGGCUCCAUUAUCCGAUCCGGUUCUCCCGCGUUCGUGACACUCCAUCGAUUGGUGAAAUUGAAGACGAGGGACGGAGAGGCGAUAUAUGGGAGCAGGGAGCGGGUUCGGGCCGGGGAUAGGGUCCGGUUCGAGGUUUACUCGAGAGAGGAAAAGGUGUUGAACGGGGUUUUAAGGAGAGAAGAAGAAAAGUGGAAAAUGGAAUGCAAGUGCGCGCUGGAGAGUGGCAAUACCGAAAUGAUAGGCGGUAAAGCGGCGGUUGCGGACGUUUGCGUGGCGGUGGAGGGAGACCUGGCGAUGGGGGAGAGGGUGGAGAUGGUAGUGAGGAAGUGUAGAAAAAACAGGAGGGUGGGGUUCGAUCAGCUGGAGGAUAUUCCAGAGGAGAGAGAAGGAGAAAGUGAAAGGGACGGUGGAUUCUGUUGCAGUUGUGGAGAAGCGGACGGUGGGGGAGAAGAGGUGGAUAUAGAAGCGGCGGGUGUAAGCUGGGCCUUUGAUGUGGGCAUUUGGAUCAUGUGCUUCGGGGUUGGAUAUUUUGUUUCUAAAGCCACUGCCAAAAGCUUGAGGCGCAUGCGAUUACUUUGA